AUGGACCUUCCCUAUGAAGCAAAAGAAUGGUCUGAGGCCGAUCUAGGACUCUUUGCGCCUACUGAACGAAAGACUGUGGUUUUGAGGAAACUUGAGAGCGAUGAGGAGACGAUGAAAGAAGUACUUCACACCAAGGAAGACUGGGACAAAUGGUUCAACCGAGUAUGCGCCCUAGGCAGCGUAUCUCCGUCCUGGGAGAUGCUUCUCCCGGGGCUUUAUGUCGUUCUAUGUAGUCGAGCUGCCCCAGUCUUGGGUAAGCAAGCCCCAGCAAGAUACAUUUCGUUUGAGAAAUCUACAUGGGCUCGACUCACAAGGGAAUUCCAUGUCCAUCGGGAAAUCACCAGAGCGAUUUCACGCGACGUUACCAGCUUUACAUCUUUAGCGCACCAUGACAAAGCAUCGAAAAAGCUAAAGAUAAGCUUCACUGUACGCAUGGCUGAGACACUGCCAAAUGAUUUAGCAAUGUCAUCAACAUACAUCCCGAGCACGGGAUCAUCGUUCACAAUCGUAUACGGUUGCACUGACGAUCACAUGGAGAGAAUCAUAGACAGGUUACAAGCGCCAAAUGAACAGCUCGGUCACCUGUUUCUAAUGCCAGGGAUAUUCGUCGAGCUAGAGCGGGAGAGAGUCGUCGAUGCCGUUGAGGAUCUCCUUGACAAUUUCACCUUGAAAUCAGACCAUCUCGAGAGCACUCCAUGGGAUCCAAAAUCUGACGCAGAUGGCAAGGAGACUCAGAAAUACUUGUCGCUGUGUCUGCGGAGCCGUAACAUCAUAGAUCACAUCCAAGCCUCUAAACGCCAGCUCCUUAAAGUACUAGAAGAGAUGGACGAGGUGUUGGAGGCUAACGAGCGAACACGCGACGACUCGGAGAGGGGGGGCACAUCAUGGAAAAUUGGAUUAAAGAUGAAGAAGCGGAUGCAGGAUAUUGUAAGAGAGUAUGACGACAAGAUCGACGAAUGUAACAUGGUCAUUUGCAAUACAUCCCUUGCCAUGCAGACGGUGUGGAACCACAUAGUGAGGAAGGAUUCGAGCACCAAUACGGAAAUAUCUCAAGCGAAUCGAGCAAUCGCCUUGGAGACAAGGCAUGAAAGCGCGCAAAUGAGAACAAUAGCCAUCCUGACGAUGAUUUAUCUGCCUCUUUCGAGCGUAGCGGCCAUCUUUUCGAUGGAUAUGUUUAACUGGGAAGCGGGCAUUGGGGAGUCGGUUGUGUCCGAGCAUAUUUGGCUGUUCGCAGUGCUAUCUGUAGGGCUAACUCUUCUUACACUUGUGGCAUGGCGCUUAGGCACGAAUCGGGAGAGAAGGAUGAGAGAAAACAAGUACUUCAACGCACCUCGGAGGCAAAAUAGUCUAGUCUAA